CUGGGGGGCUGGCUCGGGCGGCAGCGUCGGCUGCUGCGGAUGGGAGCGGGCCGGCUCGGCGCGCCUAUGGAGCGCCAGGGCAGGGCUGCUGCCACCUCAGCCACGGCCGGCGAGUCGGCGUCCGCUGAUGCCGAAGCGCGAAGGCGGGAGCCGCUCAGGCGCCGGGCGAGUAGCGCGGCGCCGCCGGGGUCCGGGGCGGCGGAGGGCGUGAGACGGGAGCGGCCUGGUUCCCUCAGCGGCACCGCCUCGGUCGUCCGCCCGCGCGGCGAGGGCCUCCGGAAGAGGCGGCCGCUUUUUCCAUGGUUUGGCUUGGAUAUUGGUGGAACCCUAGUAAAGCUGGUUUAUUUCGAACCUAAAGACAUCACUGCUGAAGAAGAAAAGGAGGAAGUGGAGAGUCUGAAAAGCAUUCGCAAGUACCUGACCUCCAAUGUGGCUUAUGGCUCCACAGGAAUCCGGGACGUGCAUCUUGAGCUGAAGGACCUGACUCUGUGUGGACGCAAAGGCAAUCUGCACUUUAUACGCUUUCCCACUCAUGACAUGCCUGCUUUUAUUCAAAUGGGCAAAGAUAAAAACUUCUCGAGUCUCCACACUGUCUUUUGUGCCACUGGAGGCGGAUCAUACAAAUUUGAGCAGGAUUUUCUCACAAUAGGCGACCUUCAACUUCACAAAUUGGAUGAAUUGGAUUGCUUAAUAAAAGGAAUUUUGUACAUUGACUCAGUUGGAUUCAAUGGACGGUCACAGUGCUAUUAUUUUGAAAAUCCUGCUGAUUCUGAAAAAUGUCAGAAGUUACCAUUUGAUUUGAAAAAUCCAUACCCUCUGCUUCUGGUGAACAUCGGCUCAGGUGUUAGCAUCUUAGCAGUGUAUUCCAAAGAUAAUUAUAGGAGGGUCACAGGCACCAGUCUUGGAGGAGGAACUUUCUUUGGUCUCUGCUGUCUUCUUACUGGCUGUAGCACUUUUGAAGAAGCUCUUGAGAUGGCGUCUCGCGGGGAUAGCACCAAAGUGGACAAAUUAGUUCGAGACAUUUAUGGAGGAGAUUAUGAAAGGUUUGGAUUGCCAGGCUGGGCUGUGGCUUCAAGUUUUGGAAACAUGAUGAGCAAGGAGAAGAGAGAAGCUGCCAGUAAGGAGGACCUCGCCAGAGCAACUUUGAUCACAAUCACCAACAACAUUGGCUCCAUAGCAAGAAUGUGUGCCCUUAACGAAAACAUUAACCAGGUCGUAUUUGUCGGCAAUUUCCUGAGAGUCAACACAAUCGCCAUGCGACUUCUGGCAUAUGCUCUGGAUUACUGGUCCAAGGGGCAGCUGAAAGCACUGUUUUCAGAGCAUGAGGGUUAUUUUGGAGCCGUUGGUGCACUCCUUGAGCUAUUGAAGAUACCCUGACUGUUACUCGGAGGACUUCCUGAAACUACCACAGGGGCAUCUAUGGACCUUUUUUUCUUUUUAAGAGACGUUUUAUGAUCGUGUACUACCCAAAUCAGAGCAAGAAACAAAUGUAUUUUUCUAAGUCAUCAAGAUAAAUUCUUAAAAUUCUGUCUAAUCUAGCAACCAGUAAAGAAUUUUUUUCUUUCCCUGUGUAGACAGUAUGAAGAUUUGCUGCUUAUAAGCUGCUGAUAUAGUUGGUGGCGCAUGCCUUUAAUCCCAGCACUCUGGGGCAGAGGCAGGCUGAUCUUUGUGAGUUCAAGGCCAGCCUGGUCUACAAGAGCUAGUUCCAGGGGAGGAUCCAAAGCUAUAGAGAGAACCUGUCUUUAAAAAAAAAAUAGGAAAAAGAAACUAGCUCAGAAGAGCAAGCCUCAAGGUUGCAGCAUUGGUACUGUUCUGCACUUCCCACUACUGGUCUGUUUUCUCUUUCCUCAUUGUGUACAGCCCAGUGUCACUCUAUGAAGGGUUCUUUUUUGAGGCAGUGUCUCCUGUAGUCCAGGCUAACCUCAAACUUGCAAUACUGCAGUAUAGCUGAGGCUGUUUUGAACUGCUGAUCAUCUGAAGUGCUGGGAUUAUGGGUGUGCACCACUAGUACAACUCCAUUGUAAAAGGUGUUUUCAGGGCCUCAUCAGUUCUAACCUGCCUCCCUAGCAGCUAUGGUCCCAGCACUAUCUGUAGAAAUGCACACAUUACAUUUUAUGGCCACCUGACCUGUGAGCUGCAUCCAGUGGCUGUUGGAACCAUCUUGUCUUCUCUCAUCUGACCAAAAGUUCCAUCUCACUCCUUCCACUCAGGAGAAAGGAAGGUGGGAGAAGCCCCAGUGGCUGGAUGUAGGUGAGACAGGAGGUGCUGAGGGUGUCUAGGUUGGUUUCAGAGUACCUGGUUUUGAUAAUCCCCAGAGCAUGAGGGCAUUUGAAGAAGAGACAAAGUAGAGGAUGUGAAUAUAGGUGGGAAUGUGAGGAGUCAGUGAAUCCCCAGAACAUGAGAAUAAUGUAGAGAUGAGCAGUGAAGGAACAGGCUGUAGGGAAAACAACCUGAGGUUAAAGGACCUAGGGGUCAGAGAGCAAAGUGCUCAACAGGUACUUGAUAGAAGGCAUAGAAGGGUUGGUUACAAGGUUGCUGUGGUGAAGCCAUGGGCUGGAGCUGGGCAGCAGAGAGCUGCUCACUGUCUUGUGUUAGCAGAGGAAAGCAGCUACAUUUACAAAACUUUGAGUGUUAAGGUUGGGGCAAGUACUAGGAGUGUUACAUACUAUCCGAGGACAAAGCUAUACAUCAAGUCACCCCAAGUGACUGACUAGUCACAGUAGUAGGAAUAGAUGGUAUGGUCUGGCUUCUUGUUGUCACUGAGGCCUGAUGUGUUUUCCCCCAUCAGUGUGCCCCACCUUACCUCACAUUGAAGGAGGACAGGUCAGAGGUCGUUCAGUCUAUCCGUUUCAUGCCCACUGGUGCAUAAGUUGACAGGUACAUAUUACAAAGUAUUUCAAAAUCUGCCCUUUAUUUACAUGUGUUUGGGUCAAUUACAUGCAUGUUUUAUUUUUUAACAAGUGAUUAGCAAAAAAUGCAUUAAAGUUUUAAAAUAGCAAUUAAAUAUACAAAAAUAUAGCUUACAAAAACCAAUAUUUAAAAAUAUUCUGCUGCAGAAUUCUUAGUGUACAAACAGUCUAUGAAACCUGAGGCUCAGCAUUUCAUAAACCUUUUUGAGGGAGUUAUAUCUAGUAAAUAAGCCCCAAAGGGCUAAACUACAAGACUAAAGUGCCACUCCCCUACUUUCCUGGCAAUGACUUGUCAAGAGACCCAGAGGUACCAGUUCCAGGCCAUCACCAGGAAGAUGUCCCACUUCUCCACAUCAGCCAAGCUGGAGUGGAGUAGGUGGUGCUGAGGUUUCAACCGUGCAAGUCCCUUAACACUGGUGGGGCCAUGUUCUUAGCUAUAUCGUGCCUUUGAAACAGCAAGGGUGUUCUCCCUGACCCUGUGAACAAAGGAACUAAGACUGGAUACUUGCUUAGGCUUGGUCUAACUAGAAUAAAAGCAUCUUGAAGCAA